GGAAGGCCACUCACAGUUCCUAGUGUUUAUCGCAACACUUGGUUGAGAUAGGGUUCACUUCAUCGGCCGCCCCUGACACAACAAACUUCUUCUCACAACCACUUCACUUCCCUCAUCUCGGUCACGCCAUACGGCAUGCCAGUUGAUAAUGGACUCAGACCCGCUUAAACACCUCGAGUUCUUCUCGAUGCCCAACAAUCAGACAGUCAACCCUGUUGAUCAACCCUUCUUGGGCCGGUCUUCAGCACAAUCCUCUUCAAUAUGGGACACCGCAGGACUAGAGGCCGGUCUUGCCGCGUCGCCGUCCACGGCACCUACCAGCUUAUCACUCGAUUCUGUCACUCAGCCGUCCCCUCUUACCGGACUCACAACCAUGUCCAUGUCCUCCGACCUCACAUCAAGAUCAAGACCAUCGACGCAGGGAAUCCAGUCACGGCCCAUCCGACCCGCGCGUGGCCCUAGCUCUAGAGAUACGCACGAGAGGAAACGGUCGAGGCUUAGCAUAGACGCAACCACACCUCUCGACUCUGUUGACUACUGGAUCGACUUCGAUAAGGACGACGGUCUCACCAGCGUUCCUGAGGGAUUUGAGCCCCCCAGUCAAACCGUGGAGGGAAAGGGCAAAGGCCCCACGACGAGCGGACCCACAAAUCCCACUCCUCAGCCUUCCGGGCUGAAACAGGAUGAUUUCUUCGACGACAGCGCGCUCGACAACGCGUUGUCCGAUGACGAUGACGGCUUUUCGUCCAUCAACGUCGCUGAUCAGCUUUCCAAGAUCGACACGGCGCCGCCUCAGGAGGUUCCACCACGCGAAGGUCUGUAUUCGACACCGCUGAGCUGGGAGAGGCCACAGCCCGGGAUACGCAUGGACUCCUUAAUCGGUUUCCACGGCCCAUCCCUCAAUGAAGCCGAGCAGAGACGCCUAAUCGCUAUCGCCAUGAACCCGGGGCCAAGUAUGGGUGGACUUGGGUCGAACAUCAACCUCAACUUCAGCGGCCUAGCUCCUGGUAUCCCAAUGACGUUUGGAACCGGCUUGGGAAGCAGUGGGGUGGGCGAAGGUCCUAAACCCGUAUCCCCGCCACAGCCACCGGCGGCGCCGCCCCGUCCGGCCCCGCCAAAUCCGCCGAAGAAGCAGGGGAGUGUGAGUGACAAGGGAAAGGAGAAGCCGAAAUCAGGGGACCGGACGGCACACAACGACAUUGAGCGAAAAUAUCGGACAAACUUGAAGGACAAGAUUGCCGAGUUGCGAGAUGCCGUGCCUACGCUGCGGACAAUAUCGGAGAACGGGGGCGAGGAAGAAGGGGCACAGCCUCAAAGGACGGCCAAGGUCAGCAAGGGGACUGUUCUGACAAAAGCAACUGAGUACAUACAUUUCCUUGAACGACGGAACAAGCAGAUCAUGCAGGAGCACCGAGACCUCUCGCGACGCCUCCAAGCGUUUGAGCAGCUGCUGAAUGCAACGGCACGGUCGUCAUACACCAUGCCAACCUACAGCAGGACGUUAUUCGACCCAAGAGGGUUCUGCUAACACUACUCCGUCUCGACCAUAUUACUCACCUCUCGAUAUUUCCUUCUCUG